AUGGCAUCGUCCAACUCGUCCGCGCUGCAUAGUGCUGCGCUGGUGGCAGGUGGGGCUGUGGUCGGCACCAGCCUGUUUACUUUGGCGCGGUCGCUGAUGUCGGGCAAAGCACUUACCAAGGUGUCGUCUGCACCCUCCUCGGGCAAGUCUGCUGCAGCUGGUGCCCUAGCGGGAGCUACGUCCGCGUCGUCGCACCCUCUGCGUGCCACGACGCUGCAGCCCAGUGAGGAUGCUGUGGAUGACAAGUCGGGUCUGUUUGUGGCGCCCAAGAGCACCGUGGAUGCGACGUACAACACGUGUGGUGUGAUGGGUGUGCCGUACAGCCCGCGCUCGAAGCAGCCGCUGGUCAAGUCGAAGGACACGCACGUUGACUUGGGCUUCGGCGAAGCAGUGCCUGCUACCUCCGUCGAUAUGCUGACGCUUGAUCAGGCUGUGCUCGCAACCAGCCUGCUAGCUAUUGAGGCACUGGCGUUUGCGAACAGCGGCACGAUCUUUACGUACGAAAGCGCCACGACUGGAUUUGGCCAGGCAUGUGAAGCGCAGGCGCAGGAGCCAUCCGCGCCGCGUGUGCUUGCGAUGCAGACACGUGCUGGUGCUGGUCAGGCGAUUGCUGGCUACUUGGCUGGCGAAGGUAGUGCCGACCAGCCCGCGGGUCAACAGGCUACCGUUUCGGUACUGACCAAUGCUCAGGGUUUGCUGGCCAUGGGUCCGGCGCUGGCUACGAUCGACACGAAGAACACGGACCUUGUUCUACACGUCUCGGGUGCCAGCCAAGCGACGUCGGACGACCUGAGCGUCACGAACGACUACGCCUCGACGCUCUCGACCGCUGCCAUGCUGGGCGAUCUGGGCUUCGAGGUGCUUAUUUCCUCGACGCGUCAAGAGGCUGUUGAGGUGGCGCACUACGCGUACACGCGCAAGGACAAGAAGCCCUUGAUCCACAUCUUUGAUGGUGCGUUUGCUGGUGCUGAGGUGGGCACUGUGACGCCGCCCAGCGGAGCUACGCCGGAGGCAUUGGCGUACACGGGUCCCUCUUCACCAGAGACGGUGCUUGUGAUGCCCAACGGCUCGAUCUCGGCGCGUGCCCGUGCUAUGUUGCUGAUGCUGCCCUCGGCGACACGCAGCAAGCUGGGCAUUAUCGCUGUUCGCGCGCUGCGUCCCUGGGACGGUAAAGCGCUCUGUGCAAAGAUUCCCUCGAGUGCAAAGACUGUGCGCGUCGUGGAGGAGGCAUUCUCGCCGCUGGGCGGUGCUUUGUAUGCUGACGUUUUGGAGGCAUCGCUGAGCGGAGCUUGUGGCGAGAAGACGCUGGCUGUCCAGUCAGUGGUCCUUGCACCUGGUCAGGAGCUCUCGGUGCCGGAUUGGUACGCGCUCUUGCAGGCUGCUGUGUCAUCCUCGCGCUCGUUGUGUCUGUCGGAGGUGCUUGCCAAGUCGGAUGCGACGCAGGUGGCAUCUAUCGACUUGUUGAAGCUUACGGGCUCACACCUGUAUACCUUCUUCGGCACCGAUGAGGGCUGCACAAGCACCGCUGCGCCCCUGUUGGCAAGUGCGCUGCAUGACAACCGCACGCAAGGUGUACGUGCGCUCUCGCGCUUCGACAACUUUGCCGCCGGUGGCGCGGUGAGGGCAGAUGUGGUGUACUCGGAGCGCCAGGGUGCGGAAAUUCCCAUCGAUAUGCUUGCGCGCGAGGGCCAGUCGAAUGUGGUCAUUGUUAGCGAGCCUGUGACGCUUCUUCGUCGCCACGCUGUGCUUUCGGCUCUCCGUGAGAAUGGCACAGUCGUUUUCCUUGCGAAUGGCUGGACUCCCGAGGAUGUGGAUGCGUCGCUGUGUGCGGACGACAAGAAGCUACUGGCUGCGAAGAAGGCGCGUGUGUUUGUCGUAGACCCGCAAGCAAGUGUGCAAUCGCUCACGUCGGCGCUAGCCGACGCACACAAGGGCAAGAACGAGGCGCCUAGUGCCACGGACCUCGCCCCAAGCGUGCUCUUAGCAAGUGUAGCGCAGGCUGAGUCGUCGUUGGCCUCGUUGGUGUCGAAGGCCUCGUGGGCGUCGGACAAGGUGUGGCAGAACGUGAUGUACGACGCUGUGAAGACAGUGCCGGUGCCUGACACCUGGGCUGCCGCCGAAUCGGCCACGCCGGAGGAGGCGGAGAAGGCCGCGAAGCGUGCGACGCAGUGGUCGUACAACAGCACACGGGCGCACACCGAUAUGCUUGCGUCGACCAAGGAAGUGCAGCGUGCCUCCUGGGCGAUGGCUGCAUGGCAGCUUCUCUUCCGCGAAGCGUACGCGUCGGAUGAGCAUGCGCUACGUCCUGACCUACCGGAGAAGACGUACAACAUCAAGGUGUCCGUCAACAAGCGCCUUACGCCGCUAGAGUACGACCGAUACCUGUUCCAUAUGGAGCUCGACACGACGGGCACGGACCUCAAGUACGAGGUCGGUGAAGCGUUGGGUGUGCAUGGCUGGAACGACGACGAGGAAGUGGCACAGUUCAUUGCAUGGAGUGGCUACAACCCUGACGAGGUGGUGUUUGCGCCGAGUGUGCUGUGCCCUGGCACGAUGGAGAGCCGCACUGUGUUCCAGACGCUGCAGCAGAAUCUGGACAUCUUCGGUAAGCCGCCCAAGAGCUUCUUUGAGGCGCUAGGCAAGGCAGUGAAGAGCAAGGAUGAGGCACGUUGGCUGCGUUUCAUCAGCUCGGCAGAGGGCAGCAGCACGUUUAAGAAGCUCUCCGAGUCGGAGACAGUGACCUACGUCGAUGUCCUACACAUGUUCCCCAGCGCGCAGGUCGACAUGAACUGGCUCAUCAAGCACGUGGAGCCGAUCAAACCGCGUCACUACUCGAUUGCUAGCGCGCAAGUCGCUGUAGGCAACUCGGUCCACUUGCUGAUCGUGACGGUUGACUGGAAGACACCGCAUGGCAGCCCACGCUACGGUCAAUGCACGCGCUAUCUCUCGCGCCUGCGUCCAGGCACCAAGGUCACAGUGAGUCUCAAGCCUUCGGUCAUGAAGCUUCCGCCGCUGUCGACGCAGCCGAUCAUCAUGGCAGGUCUUGGUACCGGUGCCGCGCCCUUCCGUGCGUUCUUGCAGUACCGUGCCUACGAAAAGGCGCAGGGCAAGGAGAUCGGCCCAAUGUACUACUACUUCGGUUCGCGUCACCGCGCGAUGGAGUACAUGUACGGCGAAGAACUCGAGGCGUACCUGGCCGACGGCGUGCUCACGCACCUCGGUCUCGCAUUCUCGCGUGACCAGAAGAAGAAGGUGUACAUCCAGCACAAGAUUGUGGAGGAUGGUAAGCAGCUGACCGAGUACCUCGUCCCGGAGCUUGCCAAGGAGAACCAAGGCAAGGACCUGGAGGGCAUGAAGGGUCUCUUCACGCUUUGUGGUCCCGUGUGGCCUGUGCCCGAUAUUCAGGAGGCCCUGGUCACUGCGUUUAUCGAGCACGGCUGGUCGCGCGAGCAGGCGGAGGAGAAGAUCAACGAGCUGAAGGAAGAGGAACGCUACGUUCUCGAAGUCUACUAA